GAAGAUAUACAAAUUACACAUUACAUUUGAAAACUAGAGGCACAGAUCUAAGAGAGGGGCGACUGAGAAGUGAGAACACAGCAAAUUUUCAAUGAGUGGGAAAAUCACCAUGGCCAUGGCUGCACUUUUUGUAGUUCUAGCUGCAAAUGUGUUGCAGAGUACAAAUGGUGCAACUUAUACAGUGGGUGACUCUACUGGCUGGAGAGUCCCUGCCAAUAAUGAUUUCUACGAUGAUUGGGCUGAUAACAAAGCCUUCGUUGUUGGGGAUGUUCUCGUGUUCAAUUUCACUACCGGACAGCAUGAUGUUGCAGAGGUGACGGAAACUGCUUACGAUGCGUGCACCACUGCCAAUACUAUAUCAACCGUCAGCACCGGUCCGGCAAGGAUAACUCUUAACAGGACCGGCGAAUUUUACUUCAUUUGUACUGUCCCCGGUCACUGUUCCGGCGGGCAAAAGCUCAACGUCGAUGUCAGAAAUGGGAACAACGGUACCGCUGCUGUUCCCGCACCUGGACCGAGUCCCACCACCACGCCUGUAGCUACCAGCCCCACCACCAGUACGCCUCCGACCGCUGCCACGCCCACCUCGCCUGGAACUUCAAGUCCUCCUCCUGGGACCAACUCAGCUUCUUCCCCUGUUUCUAAUCUGUCUCCUGUCUUCUUCAUGGCCAUUGCCUUAGUUUUGAUGUGCUGAUUAUGUUAUUAAUUCCAUUUUGCACUUUUUGUUAUUUGGUGUUAUGUGAGAUGAGAUCCAUUGUUUUACUAUGGUAGUGAUAAUCAUAUUUGUAAUGUUGUUUGAAUAAAUUUUGAUUCAUUUUUCUACGUA